GUUCAGCAUGUCUCCAGUUCAGUCAAUAUUCUUUUCUAUGGAAUAUGAAGAGUUGAAAUCUUCCUGGCCAGGUAGGACAGCGGAGGACGACUGAUUCAUUGGCCUUACAGGAAUGCGACCAUGCACAUCCCAACGUUUGCAGCCAUGCAAAGCUCACACCAGGUCAGACUUAUACAGGAGAAAACAAUUCACGAUACCGUUUGCACCAUCCGAUGGUCCGCCCCGUCCCACACGCGCAACCAAGAACCAGGACCUUGGCACCCCCGGCAAAACGGCUACGAAGCUCUCAUUUGAACCCUGAACUCCGCCACAAUUCCUCCGCAUCUCCUCCGCCCUCGCGCAAUUCGUCACCACCCCCAACAUAGCUAGCUAUCUAGCUAUCCUCCCUUGACCCAACAAACCUCACCUUACCUCCCACACUUCAAUCCACCUCACUCAACGACACGCCCCGCGCACAAUGGGCAACCUCUGCGGCAAACAGUCAAAAGACGCCUUCGAUGGCCCCGGUCGCACCCUAGCCUCCACCCCCGCCCCAGCCACAAAAGCCUCGAUACCCGCGACGCUCAGCAGCACGCCCGCGAGGAAAGUCGGCGGGCCGCCACGCACGCUGGGCGAGGGGAAUGCGGGGAGCGAUCCCAAGGCGGCGGCUGCUGCUGCUGCGGAGGCCCGCGCAAACAAAUCCUCGCCCGGCGAUCUGCAGAGGAAACUUGAUGCGCAGAAACGCCAGACGAACAACCAGACGCUGCAACAAGCUGCGAGUGAGAACCGACUAGCGCGGGAAGCGGACGCGGCGACCGAGACGAGGACUUACCACUAGGGCGUGGACCGAGGAGGGUUAUAGUUAUAAUGCCGGGGUGUGGAUGGUGGGGAUAGAUGCCAGGGAUAUUUAUUUCGAUAGCGAUGAUUAGGAUACCAGGUUUGGGGUUAUAUGUUCGUUCUUAGCAGGGAG